UCUCUCUCUGUCUCAUUUUGUCUCUUUCCCUAAAUCUCUCAUUCUGUCACUCUCUAUCUUCUCCAUCUCUCACUUUUGGUGUUCUUUCAUCACAGAGUAUUCAUUUUGAUGAUUAGACAUCUGAAACCCUACAUGGAGCCUGGUGUCCAUCGUUCUCAUUGUUUCGAUAUUCUUGAUGGAGUCCCACCACAAGACGAUCAUUUCAACUCGGCAUUCCUAUCAAACACCGACUUCUCUGUUCAGUUGCAGUCAGUCUCGACCCGCAGCAACAAUCAUCAGUCUCAGUUAGACCCAAAUGCACUGAACAUAUUCCAUCAUGAGGCUCUUGCUCCAGAAGAAAGAAGGGCAAGAAGAAUGGUCUCUAACCGGGAAUCUGCAAGAAGGUCACGUAUGCGCAAGAAGAAGCAGAUAGAAGAGCUCCAGCAACAAGUUGAACAGCUCAUGAUGUUGAAUCAUCACUUGUCUGAGAAAGUCAUCAACUUGUUGGAAAGCAACCACCAGGUCCUGCAGGAGAACUCUCAGCUGAAAGAGAAAGUCUCUUCCUUUCACUUGCUCAUGGCAGAUGUGCUAUUACCCAUGAGAAAUGCUGAGAGCAACAUCAAUGACCGCAAUGUGAAUCUUCUCAGAGGAGAAACGUCAAACCGUCCCACAAACAGCCCCUUUGCCAGUAGUACUAUGAUUGACCCAUAUAUGUUUGACUUCUAUAGCAAUUACUUACUUGCAUUUGUAUAUAGAUUAUAG